GAAACUGACAUAACCUCACAAAAAUCUGAAGUUAUAAACAAUGUAUGAUUAAGAAUAUUCAUGUUAUUUAUUGCCUUUUUCGUUGUUAAUUUAUUGCAAAUAAGAAAAAAUUGUGCGGCAAAGAGUUCCUAAAUAUGAAGAAAGCGACUCCGAAAAGUAAAGUGCCUCAAGGAUGUAUGAAAAUAUCCAGUUUCUUCACAACAGUUAGACCUAAAUCGGACAAAUCACUUCAUAAACCAGAACAAAUUGUAAUCAUCGAUGACGGCGAUAACGCUUUUGAAGAUUGCACUCAAAGUUUACUUGCCAUUCAAAGCAAGAGGAAAGGUGAUAACGCAACAACUGGCAAUAGCCCUCCGAAGAAAAAAACCCAUUUGAAACCCCACCCUUCGGCUAGUGGAAUUACGACAAACAUUCAACAAUCAAGGGACAUGCAUGUUUCGGGUGCCUCAAACAUGCUACCCUCUGUAAGUGGCUCUACACCGAUAACAACCAAACCAUUGUUAACAGUUAAAACACCCGAGAAGCUUUUUAACCCAGAGUCACUCAAGAGUCUACAGUCGAGCCCCAAGCAUUUAACCCCUGAAAAGCAAAAUUCAAAAACUAAAGUGGGUUCAUCUAAAAAGAAACUAAGCGGGAGCAAAACUCCUAAAAAACUAUUUGAGUCUUCCCCAAGCAACUUGAGUGAGUUCAAUGUAGAAGUUAUCAAGAAUUUCUUUAAAAUAACGCCUACUAAACGUGAAGUUGAAGACCGCAACAGAGAGGUUCAGCGGGAGAAUGAAAAAACCCCAAUAAAACAUGUUAUGCCGCCAACAGUCGCAAGUCCCAGGGUAAAAACAAAGUUGGACUUUGACAGUGGUACCGAAUCACUUUGCUGCAAGCAAAACCCAACUGCCAAAGAAAAAGAAAACCAUGACAGCAGCAAUUUAAGUUUCACAUUCGAUGAUGCUAGUUGGGAGGCAGAUUUCAUUGAUCGUAUCGAUUAUAAUUUGGACCUAAGCACUUCACAGCAUUGUAAAGUUGUUAGUGUUGUGCAACAUGCGACUGAAACAAUUAUUACUGUGAAGUCCACACAGACUAGUGAACAAGCUUUAUGUAGCUUAAAAGGCUUUUGGAUGGAGUCAAAAGUUUGUAUCGGGGAUAUUAUUAGGAUCACUGCGAGUAAAGUAGAUGAAAAUUGGUUUAUUGAUAAUAAUGAUGGGUCAUUGGUUUUGGAGCCUGACCUCUUGAUUUCUUGCACUUCAGUGGUAAACUCUGUUUUUUGUAAAAGACGGUCUGUUUUUAAAGAAAGAUUUAGGGGGUUCGACACUGGGAAUAAGUUCAUGGUACUGGGCAGUAUGGUACAUGUACUCACCCAAGAGGUCUUAAAAAAUAAACUUUACCAAUUAAAGCAAAUCAACCAACAUGCCUUAGAUAUAUUAAGCAGAAGGGAGUGGGUGAAGCAGAUCUAUGAAAGCGGGGACUCCCUAAAGAGCGUCUCAGAAGAAUUCCUGCAAUAUGUGCCGAAAAUAAGCGAUUUCGUUAAUAAGUACGUUAAAAAUGCCUCUUCAAAGAAAGAGAUAUGUAAAGGCAAUUGGCAAGGGGUCAUCUCCGAAAUCCAGGACAUAGAGGACAACAUUUGGUGUCCAGAGCUAGGAGUCAAGGGCAAAGUGGACAUAAGCGUGCGUCACGAGAAAACCUUAAUGCCAUUAGAAAUAAAAACAGGACGGGCCAGUGUGUCGUUGGAGCACCGAGGGCAAGUUUUACUCUACAUAAUGAUGAUGAAGAAGUUGGGUUGUCCAGUUUCCUCCGGUCUACUUUUGUAUUUAAAAGAGGGCGUUUUGAGGGAGAUACCGCCCUCGGCAGCCGAACAAAGAGACUUGAUCAUAUUGAGAAACGAGCUGGCCUACUAUAUUUUAAAACAACCCACCUUCCAAGGUAGCGGUGAGGAGGUUUCGUUGAACCCCGGAGAGAUUCCCGAAGCGAUUAAUCAUCCUGCUUGCGGGAAAUGUCCUUAUAGCGGUGUAUGCAUGGCAUAUUCAAAGUAUCUAAACGAGGACGUUUCGUCAAAGGUUAAUUUGAGGAAGGCAUAUGAUGAGGUAAGUGCAUCCAUAACUGCUGCCCACAUAGACUAUUUUAUGCACUGGAAUGCCCUGCUGUCCCUAGAAACCCCUGAACGUGCGGCAACAAAAGAUCUCCGAGACAUUUUCACUUUAACACCGGAGGAACGUCAUGCAAAAGGAAAAUGCCUUAUUAACCUCAAAGUCAAAGAACUCAUCGAGGAUAACAGCGGAGUUUGCUUCACCACGUUCCAUUCUUCACUGACCGGUAACUUCUUGCUAAGCGGAUUAACAGAAAACGCUUAUUUAGUCGUGAGCGUUAAAAAUCGGCCCGCAAUAGCUUCGGGGAUAGUAACCGACAUAACCAUGGACCAAAUAACCCUGUCUCUGGACAGAAACGUUCAGAAAAAGUAUCCGGAGGAGCUCUUCUUCUUGGACUCAUACGACUCAAGUGCAUUUCUCACGUACAACUUAUCAAGUUUGUCCUUAAUAUUGGAACCGGACGAAAAAGCGCAUCAAUUAAGACGAAUUAUCGUUGACAAACAACCGGCGAGUUUUCAAACGAAACUGCCGAUGUCCCUGCUGCAAAAAGCGAAACCGAUCCUAAAAAGGCUGAACAAAGUGCAACAGAGGGCGGUUCUAAAAGCGAUCGCCGCAAACGAGUAUUUCUUAAUCAAGGGCAUGCCUGGAACCGGUAAAACCGCCACGAUAGUCGCCCUAAUUCAACUUUUAGUGGAAAUAGGUAAAUCCGUCCUUAUAACCAGUCACACCCAUUCGGCAGUGGACACUGUGUGCCUGAAACUCAUCAGUUUUGGAGUGAAGUUUAUGAGGUUAGGCAGCGAGGCCAAAAUGAACCCGGAUAUUCGAGCAUAUUCUGAGUAUUAUCUCACUAAAGAUUGCCACAGUCCAGAAGCUUUAGAAACAGUAUAUAAUAGUGUGCAAGUGUUCGCUGUCACCUGUUUAGGUUCAGGCAAUAUGGUUUUAUCGAAAAGGGUCUUGGAUGUUUGUAUAGUGGAUGAAAGUACUCAGGUGGUGCAAUGCUCGGUUAUUAGACCCUUGUAUGCGGCAAAAACAUUCGUGCUACUGGGGGAUCCUGACCAACUACCUGCGACAAUUAAAAACAAAACUGCCAUAGAAAAAGGGAUGGCCGAGAGCUUGUUUGAGAGACUCGACUCUGAUGAAGCGAGGAUCUCUUUGAAUUUAAACUACCGCAUGAAUAAGUCCAUUACUAAGCUGGCUAACGUGCUCACUUAUAAGGGAGAACUGGAAAUUGGCUCUGAAAGAGUUGCCGAGGCCACCAUGGACAUCCCAAAGCGGGAACUUCUACUGGAAACUUAUAAAAAAGACACUUGGCUUAUUAAAGCUUUAGAUGCAAAAAUGGAGAACGCCGUGCAGUUCGUCGAUACUGGACCCACAUGGGACCUAAACAAAUCCGUUCCGUGGGCAGACAAUAAGUUCGAUUCAAACGAAAUGAUUUCUUGUGCCAACAUUUAUGAGGCUGCCAUAGUAUAUCGGCUAGUAAAAGCCCUUAUUAUUGAAGGGGCAGUGCCUCCCAGUCACAUUGGGGUUAUUGCAACCUAUAGGAUCCAAGUGGCUCUACUAACUCAGUUGCUUGAAUCAACCGAGGUGUGUGUGAACACUGUAGAUCAGUAUCAAGGCAAAGAUUGCAAUAUCAUUAUUUAUUCUUGCUCGAAAUCCAGAGAUUUAAAGAGGGAGUGGGUUAACAAGUUCGAUUUAACGGAGGAUAAACGGAGGCUUAAUGUCGCCAUUACUAGGGCGAAGCAUAAGUUAAUUAUCGUGGGAGAUUUGGCUACUUUAGGGAACUAUUCUACUUUUAAGAGGAUUAAAAACGAGUUGGAAUCUAAUGCGAUCAAACUAUUGGAAUGUGACGGUUUUAGUUGGGAUGAAAUUUUAAGGAUUAGUUAAUGAAUCUCUAUACAGUUCGGUUAUUAUUAAGUCAUUAAUAUGUUUUUAUUAUAGAUAAGAGGGACACUUGUUUUUACACCAAUGUGUUUGAAUAAAAUGUAUUUAUAUUUGAGACUGCUGUUUAUUUUUUACUCUUAUUAUUUGAGUUACCUCAAUGGGGUUUAUAUUCAAAGUAGGUGCGUUUUCCGAUGAACAAUUUCAUAUAUGAACCAUUUUUGUACAUCAAAUACUUCCUGAGAUUGACCCAGUUUUGCAUGCCAAGACCCUAAAAAAAAUUUUUCAUUAUUCUUGGACACUUUGUCACAUAACUUCUAAACUAUUUGACAUAUUUAUGUAAUUUUUUUACAGUAUAA